AUGCAGGCGCUGGCGGGGCGCCAGCAGCAUCGGCGCGGGUUGCAUCAGACGAAGCGCUCUGCUGGUGCCGGGUGCCGGGCAACCCAGGGAGCUCGGGGCCCUGCGGUGCUCCGCAAGAUGCUGCUGACAGCCCCCCGGCUGCUGCGGACUAUCUGCACCACGGCCGCGGCUUAUCAACAUAAGCUAAAGCUAGCCCUUAUAGGUCAAAGUAUUUUUGGGCAAGAAGUUUAUAACAAGCUGAGAAAAGAGGGACAUAAAGUUGUGGGAGUAUUCACAGUGCCUGACAAGAAUGGACAAGCUGAUCCUUUGGCACUGGCAGCAGAGAAGGAUGGAACUCCUGUUUUUAAGUUCCCCAGAUGGAGAGCUAAAGGCAAGCCUAUCCAGGAAGUAGUUGCAGCCUACAAAUCGGUUGGAGCAGAGUUAAAUGUCCUUCCAUUCUGUACACAGUUCAUCCCCAUGGAUGUUAUUGAUUGCCCAAAACAUGGCUCAAUUAUUUACCAUCCAUCCAUCCUGCCACGCCACAGAGGAGCUUCUGCAAUCAACUGGACUUUAAUUCAAGGAGAUAAGAAAGCAGGAUUUACUAUUUUCUGGGCUGAUGAUGGCUUGGACACUGGACCAAUCCUUCUGCAGAGAGAAUGUGAUGUGGGCCAAAAUGAUACUGUGGAUGACCUGUAUAACCGGUUUCUCUUCCCAGAAGGAGUAAAGGCUAUGGUGGAAGCUGUACAUCUAAUUGCUGAUGGUAAAGCCCCUCGUAUACCUCAGCCUGAAGAAGGGGCAACAUACGAAGGCAUCCAGAAAAAGGAAAAUGCAGAGAUCUCCUGGGACCAACCUGCAGCAUCUUUGCACAACUGGAUUCGAGGGCAUGAUAAAGUUCCUGGAGCAUGGGCAACAAUAGAUGGCCAGGUGGUUACCUUUUAUGGAUCAUCAUUACUUGAUGCUUCAGUGCCCACUGGACAAGAACUGGCAAUAAAAGGUGCUUCAAGACCUGGGCUUAUAACCAAGAAUGGCCUAAUCAUUUUUGGUAAUGAUGGAAAGAUGGUGCUAGUGAGAAACCUGCAGUUUGAGGAUGGAAAAAUGAUCCCUGCAUCUAAGUACUUCUCUACUGAUGAAACAACUGCCUUGGAACUUACAGAAGAGGAGAAAAAGAUGGCAGAAGAUAUUAAGGCUAUUUGGAAGGGAAUUCUGAGCCAUGUUGCUGUAAUUGAGGAUUCCACAGACUUCUUCAAAUCCGGAGCAUCCUCUAUGCAUGUUGUCAGAAUGCUAGAAGAAAUUAAGCAGAAGUAUAGUGGCUUCAAACUACAAAAUGAAGACGUGUACAUAGCCACUAAGUUUGCAGACUUCAUUCAAACGGCUGUCAGAAAAUUCAGAGGAGAAGACAAGGAAGAAGAGUUAGUAAUUGAUUAUGUUUCAAAAAAUACGAACAACAUGACUGUGAAUAUGCCAUACCAAUGUUUCAUAAAUGGGCAAUUUAUAAAUGCUGAUGAUGGAAAAACAUAUGACACCAUAAAUCCAGCAGAUGGAUCAGUAAUAGCCAGUGUAUCUUCUGCUUCAUUGGCUGAUGUUGACAAGGCAGUGGCAGCAGCAAAAGAGGCAUUUGAAAAUGGUGAAUGGAGAAGAAUGGAUGCAAGGGAAAGAGGGCGACUCAUGUACAGACUUGCAGACCUGAUGGAAGAACAUCAAGAAGAAUUAGCAACAAUAGAGUCCAUUGACUCAGGAGCUCUCUACACUUUAGCUUUGAAGACCCAUGUUGGAAUGUCUGUGCAAACAUUCAGAUACUUUGCUGGAUGGUGUGACAAAAUUCAGGGUGCUACAAUUCCAAUUAACCAGGCCCGUCCAAACCAUAAUCUAACAUUCACCAAGAAAGAGCCCAUUGGUGUCUGUGCGAUUGUUAUCCCGUGGAAUUACCCACUGAUGAUGCUUGCAUGGAAGAGUGCAGCAUGCUUGGCUGCAGGCAACACACUUGUACUCAAGCCAGCUCAGGUCACACCUCUGACUUCCUUGAAGUUUGCAGAACUCGCUAAAGCUGGAUUUCCUAAGGGUGUUAUAAAUAUUCUGCCUGGUUCAGGUGGUUUAGUGGGACAGCACCUGUCUGAACAUCCUGAUGUUCGCAAAGUUGGAUUUACUGGUUCAACACCAACUGGUAAACAGAUUAUGAAGAGUGCAGCCACUAAUCUGAAGAAAGUUUCUCUUGAACUUGGUGGCAAAUCACCAUUGAUCAUAUUCAGUGACUGUGAACUUGACAGAGCUGUAAAAAUGGGUAUGGGAGCAGUAUAUUUCAACAAAGGAGAAAACUGCAUUGCAGCUGGCAGGCUGUUUGUGGAAGAAUCAAUCCAUGAUGAAUUUGUUAGCAAAGUGGUGGAAGAAAUAAAAAAGAUGAAAAUUGGUGACCCACUCGAUAGAUCCACAGACCAUGGUCCACAAAAUCACAAGGCACAUUUGGAGAAGCUGCUGCAGUAUUGUGAAAUUGGAGUAAAAGAAGGAGCCACUCUAGUGUAUGGAGGAAGACAAGUUCAUAGACCAGGUUUCUUCAUGGAACCCACUGUAUUCACGGAUGUUGAAGACCAUAUGUAUAUUGCCCAGGAGGAGUCCUUUGGUCCUGUGAUGGUCAUCUCUAAAUUUAAAAAUGGGGACGUCGAUGGAGUGCUGCAACGGGCAAAUAGCACAGAAUAUGGCUUAGCCUCAGGAGUUUUCACGAAAGACAUAAGCAAAGCUCUCUACAUCAGUGAAAAGCUAGAAGCUGGAACAGUUUUUAUUAACACAUACAACAAAACUGAUGUGGCAGCCCCAUUUGGUGGAUUUAAGCAGUCUGGCUUUGGGAAAGAUUUAGGUGAAGAAGCUCUUCAUGAAUAUCUCAGAACCAAAGCCAUCACUGUGGAAUAUUAAAGUAACAGCUUCACUUGGAAAGUAAACAUUCGGCAGAGUUUGUAUCUUAAAGAAGCACUUAAUGCCAUGCCUAGGAUAGGCCUUCUGCAGCGCUGUAACAAAAAAAAUCCAAGUAAAACCCAUUCCAUGGAUAAGUUUCUAUAGAUCAAGGCCAAAUUUUAGUCUUGCUGACAGAUAAAGCAUUUGGAAACUAACCUGAAGUUAUUUAAAUUAUACAGCAGCAGUUAGCACAAUCCCCCCCAAAAUACCAAGUACACAGUUUAGUUUAUUUUUUAAAGUCCAAAUGAGGAAUGAAUUCUUACAUGCCUACUUCUUAUUUGUGUGAACAUAUUUACACAAUCAUUUAAAUCUUUAGUUACCAGGUUUCUUUUGAACUAAAAUACACUGAUUAUGCCAUUUCUGUGAUAAUGAGUUUAAAUUUUACAGGAGCAGCUGAACAUUCUGCUCUGGGAUUCUUCAGCAGUAUAGAAAACCUUCGUGCCACAAGACGUAAACCAUUGCAAGAAAGUGCACUUACUUUGAUCUUUGUAUAGUACAUACAGAGUUCAACAUUGGUGUUAAACUAUGCAUAUCAAGCUGAAGUUACUGAAACUAUUUUCUAUCUUCUUGUUGAUAUGGAAUGUGUGAUUCUGCCUGCAAUUUGAAAGGUGGCUACAUUAACAGAUUAAAAUCACUUUGUUCACAUAGACUCUUA